AUGGAGCCGACCCGAAAGUGCGAGCUUUUCGUGUUCGAGAGCGGAGCAUUCGGCCAGUGUAUUGUGUGCCUCGUGGAACUAACGAGCUGCAGUGAGAAAGGAAUGCACGACGACAACAAUAGAAAACCAAGUCAACGUCUGUUGAGUGCCAACUCGGCAACGCAAGCUUCAUUCCGCAAUUUACUCAGCAACCACAAGUUCUUCUUCUACAAGCAUAUACCAACAUCAAACAUGCGCCUCACCUACGUCUUGGUUUUUGUUUGCGCGGCCAUCGUCCAAGCCAGUGGCACUGCGGUUUCUGUGACCAAGGGUUCCAAGGCGUUGAUUAAGGAUGGCGAGUCGCCGGAAACUGUCAAUCGACUUCGUGCAGAUGAAGGAAUGCGGCGAUUGGCGGCAAAGGACGGCUUCCUAAGCUUUCUUAAAAAUAAGUUCAAGGGGGCGUUUCCAUGGACGAAGGCCCACAAGCAAAAAAAGAGAAAGGAGGAUAUUGCUCGGUUUCAUCGCCAGUGGUCAGACAUGAGGCAUGCGGGGGCAAAUGUCUAAGAGGAAUACACCAGGACUCUUUUACAUGUAGAUUUCCAAUGUCGCUGGACUGGUGGAAGAUAAAAAAAGAGGAA